AUGGACCAGCAGCUGAAGAAACGGGGAACGACACCUCGCCAGAGAGGCCUGGGUGGAAGGGCUGCCAGUGGGGACAAGUCGCCACCAGCCCGGCAGGAACCUCCUGACACGACAUGGAUCUUAAGUGACGAGGAUGUGUGCUAUGAGACUCGUUUUCGGGUUGUCGAAGAGGAUUCCUUCUCUGACUGUUACAUAGAAUGCAUAAUAAGAGGUGAGUUUUCUGAACCUAUAGUGGAAGAGGACCCACUCCUUCAGUCCUUUGAAUAUCUGAAAGAAGGAUCAGAACAAGACCUUUCUCAACAGGUUCUUGCGGCAAGCUCACUUCUUGAAUGUUCCCUGGAAUACAUGAAAAGGGAUGCGAAACAAGAACUUCCUCAACAGAAUGUUGGAGAGAAUCCACUUCUUGAGUUUUCUGAGUACAAGCCAAGCAACAAGCUUCCUCCCGGAGGAAUACCCAACACGGACUUUUCAGAUCCUAAACAGCUCACGGGAUGCACAAGAAGGAAGCCAAGUACAAAUAAAGAAUGUGGUGCUCCAGAAAAACAUGUCUGUCCUCAUGAUGGAUGCAUAAGAGAGUUCAAGAAUAAAACAUCCCUGAGAAAGCAUCUUCGAGUUCAUAAUCCCCGAGAUCAUGUGUGUGCAGAAUGUGGGAAAGCCUUCAAGGAAAGUGCAAAGCUAAAAAGACAUUUUCUGGUUCAUACUGGAGAGAAGCCAUUUCCAUGCACUUUUGAAGGGUGUGGAAAACGCUUUUCCCUGUCCUUCAACUUGCGUACACACGUGCGCAUCCACACUGGGGAGAAACCUUUUGUGUGUCCUUUUGUAGGCUGUCGCAAGAAAUUUAUUCAGUCAAAUAACAUGAAAGCCCACCUCUUGACUCAUGCAAAGGACAAUAGGAGUCUGUGA